AUGACGCAUGAAGUUUCUAUAAUGAGCGGCAAAAUCGGUCGGUUCAACAAGCUCGCAGGCAAGCACGUCCUCGUCAUCGGCGGCAGCAGCGGAAUCGGGCGGGCCGUAGUUGAAGCCUCGAUCGAAGCCGGCGCAUCGCGCGUCACGCUGACGGGGUCGUCUGCCGAGUCCGCCGCGCGGGCCCUCGCCGAGGUGCAAUCCGCGUACCCGGGCGCGAGCGCGCGCGUCGCCGCUAUCCCCUGCGACUUGUCCCGGGACUCGGUGGAAGCGGACCUCGAAGCGCUGUUCGUCGAGGCCGAGAAAUCCCAGGCGGCAGCUACGGCGGCGGCUACUACUGCUAUCGACCACGUGGUCCUCACGGCCGCGGACCCGCUGCUGCUCGUCCCCGACCUGCAGGACCUCUCGCUCGCGCAGAUCCGGCGCGCCGCGCGCUUCCGCAUGGAAGUGCCCCUGCUCCUGGGCAAAGUAGCGGCGCGGCACCUCGCGCGCAGCAGCAGCAGCGAGUGCAGCCUCACGCUGACGACGGGGGGGAUCGCGGACCAGCCCAGCGCGGGGUGGAGCGUGAUGGCGUACCUGGCGGCGGGGAUAACGGGGCUGACGCGGAACCUGGCGCUGGACCUGAAGCCCGUGCGGGUGAACGCGGUGGAGCCCGGGUUCGUGGACACGGGGCUGUGGGCCGCGACCGAGUUCACGGCCGAGCAGGCGGCGGCGCAGGUGAGGCAGGUGGCGGAACGGAUGCCGACGGGGAGGGCGGCGGAGGUGGAGGAUGUGGCGGAGGCGUAUGUGUAUCUUAUGAAGGAUAGGAAUGCGACGGGGGAGAUUGUGAAGACGAGGAGCGGUGCGAAUUUGAUUUAGGGGGUUGUCUAGGGGGAAGUUAUGUAUUCCUUUUAUUAUUGCGACUAGUUGUUGCCUAUUAGAUAGAGGGUUAGUUCUACCUACCUAAGUUAUACAUUCGUUAAGUCUUUCUCCAAUCCCUUUCUCUACUACCAUUGAGCUUGGGAAUAUUUUCUUCUAUACGCUGAAAAGUCCAAAUGAUAGAAAGAGAUAGAGGUUUAUCCUCUUAUGUUAACUUCUUGCAGUGAAAAAAAUGAGUAACCCAGUCCUCUUGCUGUAGUUGGAAUUUAUUUAU